AUGGCUUCGGGCCCUGCGGGGGCGGAGACCCGGCAAAGGCUGCUGCGCACGGUCAAGAAGGAGGUGAAGCAGAUCAUGGAGGAGGCCGUCACACGGAAGUUUGUCCACGAAGACAGCAGCCACAUCAUCUCCUUCUGUGCGGCUGUGGAGGCCUGCGUCUUGCACGGGCUGCGGCGGCGGGCGGCUGGCUUCCUGCGCAGCAACAAGAUCGCAGCUCUCUUCAUGAAGGUGGGCAAGAGCUUCCCACCAGCUGACGAACUGAGCCGCAAGGUCCAGGACCUGGAGCAGCUGAUAGAGAACGCGCGAAACCAGAUCCAGGGCCUCCAGGAGAAUGUGCGGAAGCUGCCGAAACUACCCAACCUGUCCCCACUUGCCAUCAAGCACCUGUGGAUCCGCACAGCCUUGUUUGAGAAGGUCCUGGACAAAAUUGUGCAUUACCUUGUGGAAAACAGCAGCAAAUACUACGAAAAGGAAGCACUCCUGAUGGACCCUGUGGAUGGCCCCAUCCUUGCGUCUUUGUUAGUGGGGCCCUGUGCCCUGGAAUACACCAAGAUGAAGACGGCGGAUCACUUCUGGACCGACCCCUCUGCUGACGAGCUCGUCCAGAGGCACCGCAUCCACAGCUCGCACCUGCGACAGGACUCGCCCACCAAGCGCCCAGCCCUCUGCAUCCAGAAGAGGCUUUCGAGUGGCAGCAUGGAUGACCGCCCAUCCCUCUCCGCCCGCGACUACGUGGAGUCCCUGCACCAGAACUCCAGGGCCACCCUGCUGUAUGGCAAGAACAACGUUCUCGUUCAGCCGAGGGAUGACAUGGAGGCUGUCCCAGGGUACCUGUCCCUGCACCAGACUGCUGACCUCAUGACCCUGAAGUGGACACCCAACCAGCUGAUGAAUGGGUCUGUGGGAGAUCUGGACUAUGAGAAGAGCGUCUAUUGGGACUAUGCCAUGACCAUCCGCCUGGAGGAGAUCGUCUACCUGCACUGCCACCAACAAGUGGACAGCGGCGGGACGGUGGUGCUGGUCAGCCAGGAUGGGAUCCAGAGGCCACCUUUCCACUUCCCCAAGGGGGGGCAUCUCCUGCAGUUCCUCUCCUGCCUGGAGAAUGGGCUGCUCCCUCACGGGCAGCUGGACCCACCACUCUGGUCUCAGCGGGGGAAGGGCAAAGUAUUUCCCAAACUGCGCAAGCGAAGCCCUCAGGGUUCUGCUGAGUCCACAGCUUCAGACAAGGAAGAUGACGAGGCCACGGAUUACGUGUUCAGGAUCAUCUACCCCAGCCUGCAGUCCGAGUUCGUUGUUCCCGACCCCUUGGGCAGCACAUCCUCAGUCUCCGUGGGCCCUGCCUGGACGGUGGUUCCUGUGGGCCGGUCCAUGCUGGUGGUGGCCAGGGGCAGUCGGUUGGCCCAAACCAGAUGGGACACCGCCCUUCCCAUACCAGGCUUGAAGCAGCAGCCCCCCAUGCCCCAGGACCUGAUGGAUGUCUCCAUGAGCAACCUGCCAUCCCUGUGGCAACCCAGUACCCACAAAUCCUCUUGCUCAUCCUGUUCACAGAGUGGCUCAGGUGAUGGUGGCUCAACCAAUGGCUGCAAACAUGAGAGGGCUCCCCUGAAGCUUCUCUGUGACAACAUGAAGUACCAGAUCCUUUCCAGAGCCUUCUAUGGAUGGCUUGCCUACUGCAGACACCUGUCCACCGUGAGGACCCACCUGUCAGCCCUGGUCAACCACAUGAUUGUGUCUCCAGACUUGCCCUGUGAUGCUGGACAGGGGCUGACGGCCGGGAUCUGGGAGCAGUACCUGCAGGACAGCACAAGUUACGAGGAGCAGGAGCUGCUGCGCCUCAUCUACUACGGGGGCAUCCAGCCCGAGAUCCGCAAGGCCGUGUGGCCCUUCCUGCUGGGCCACUACCAGUUCGGGAUGACAGAAACGGAAAGGAAGGAGGUGGACGAGCAGAUUCAUGCCUGCUAUGCACAGACCAUGUCCGAAUGGCUGGGCUGUGAGGCAAUUGUGCGGCAGAGGGAGCGGGAGUCCCACGCAGCUGCCCUGGCCAAGUGCUCAUCAGGGGCCAGCCUGGAUGGUCACCUGCACCGGAUGAUGCACAGGGACUCCACCAUCAGCAACGAGUCCUCCCAGAGCUGCAGUUCUGGCCACCAGAACAUCCGCCUGCAGAGCGACUCCAGCAGCAGCACACAGGUGUUCGAGUCUGUGGACGAAGUGGAGCAGGUGGAGACAGAAGGCAAGUUGGAGGAGAAACAGCCAAAGAUCCCCAAUGGGAACCUGGUGAAUGGCACCUGUUCCCCGGACUCCGGCCAUCCUUCCUCCCACAACUUCUCCUCUGGCCUCUCGGAGCACUCGGAGCCCAGCCUGAGCACAGAGGACAGUGUCAUGGACGCCCAGCGCAGUGCCUCCCUGGCGCUUCGACCUGGGGACAGCAGCGUGGAUGAAGGGCAGAGUAGCGAGGCCACCACUUCCCGGGACGAGGCUCCGCGUGAGCAGCUGGCCGUGCAGGACAGCCUGGAGAGUGACCUCCUCGCCAAUGAGAGCAUGGACGAGUUCAUGUCCAUCCCAGGCAGCAUGGACGUGGCUCUGCCUGAAAAGGAGGGCCCCCCGAUGGAGGGCUGGGGGGGCAGCGAGGUGAAGUGCAGCCGGGUGGACAGUGAGGACAACCUCUCAGAGGAGCCCGAGAUGGAGAGUCUCUUCCCAGCCUUGGCUUCUCUGGCCGUGAGCACAGCUGCCAACAACGAGACGUCCCCUGUGUCAUCCAGCGGUGUCACCUACUCCCCGGAGCUGCUGGACCUGUACACAGUGAACCUGCACCGCAUCGAGAAGGACGUGCAGAGAUGCGACCGCAACUACUGGUACUUCACGCCCGCCAACCUGGAGAAGCUGCGCAACAUCAUGUGCAGCUACAUCUGGCAGCACAUUGAGAUCGGCUAUGUCCAGGGCAUGUGUGACCUCCUGGCUCCACUGCUGGUCAUUCUGGAUGACGAGGCCCUCACCUUCAGCUGCUUCACGGAGCUUAUGAAGAGAAUGAACCAGAACUUCCCCCAUGGAGGCGCCAUGGACACACACUUUGCCAACAUGAGGUCACUAAUCCAGAUCCUGGACUCAGAGCUCUUUGAGCUGAUGCAUCAGAAUGGGGACUACACUCACUUCUACUUCUGCUACCGCUGGUUCCUGCUGGAUUUCAAACGAGAACUUGUCUAUGAUGAUGUCUUCUCUGUCUGGGAGACCAUCUGGGCAGCCAAACACGUGUCAUCCACCCACUACGUCCUGUUCAUCGCGCUGGCUCUGGUGGAGGUCUACCGUGACAUCAUCUUGGAGAACAACAUGGAUUUCACAGACAUCAUCAAGUUCUUUAAUGAAAUGGCUGAGCGACACAACACCAAGCAGAUCCUGAAGCUGGCCCGGGACCUCGUGUACAAGGUGCAGACUCUGAUUGAGAACAAGUGA